AUGGCAUCUUCCAAUUUCAAUAUCACUAUGAGCGCUGGCGCUCAUGUCUACGUCGGGGGAGGCGGCCCGCGGAAACAACGCGUGGCCAAGGCCAAGAAAGAGAAGAAGAAGCAGGCCAAAAUGGACCUGAAAAUUACUGAAGGCAAGAGGGCGGAGGUGGCCCACCUACGGGCGGCCAUUGAACGAGAGGAGAAGGAGUUGGAGAAGAAGAGGCGCAAUAUUGAGGACUUGUGA